AUGACGUCAGGACAUGAUGAUUCAUCAUGUGGCUCUCACGGCCGGUGUGUUAUGGGUAUUCCUAUGGAGUCUGCGAAGUAUUGGGCUCCAGAAUGUGACCCCUCGAUCGAGCCAAUUGUUGGGCAACGUUUUGCCACUUUGAAUGAUGGGGUUGAAUUCUAUAGUCAAUAUGCUUCGGUGGUGGGAUUUGACAUUCGCCAUGGCUCUGAAAAAAGGGAUGAGCAAGGGGAAAUUGUGCUGAAGUAUGUGUUGUGUUCUCGUCAGGAUUUUAAGCAGUCCGGGGGUGAAGGGAGUGGUGAGGGAGGGGUGCCUGAGGUUACCUCAACACCGUCUAAGAAGCAUAAGGUUUCCAAUAGGGUGGCUUGUUAUGCAAGGAUUGAGUUCAUGCGAGUUAGGGGUGGUGGGUAUAAGGUGUUUUCGUUAGAAAAGCAACACAACCAUUGCUUGUGUUCGGAGGUAGCUAGACCUUUUUUGAAGGUUAAUCUCAAGUUGGAUAUUGGGCAAAAGAAUUUUCUUGCAUGUUAUGGUAAGGAAAAUAUUGGUCCUAUGAAGUCUUUUAAGAUUUAUAAAGAAGGGGGUAGUGAUGCGCAAUUGGUUCUUGAGAAAUAUCUUCAAAAACAAGAGUUUUGCCCUGGAUUUUUCUUUGACUACGAUGUGGAUGAGAAUAACCAGCUUUGUCGAGUGUUUUGGGCGGAUCCUGUGGCGCAAAGGAAUUUUUCAUGCUUUGGUGAAGCCGUGUCAUUUGAUGUUAUGUAUUGUACGACUAGGUAUAACAUGGUCUUUGUCUCAUUUACUGGUGUUGACCACCACAAGAAAUGUGUUACGUUUGCUGCGGGGUUGAUUGCUAAGAAAGAUGUGGAGUCGUAUGUAUGGUUGCUUGAGAAUUUCAAGCAUGCUAUGGGGCAUGUGCCACCUUAUAUGGUGACGAAUCAAGAUCCUGCCAUUAAAGUUGCUGUAUCUAGGGUUUUUUCUUCCACGAGGCAUCGUUUUCGCAUGUGGCAUAUCAUGUCCAAGGUUGGCGAGAAAGUUGGACCAGUGUUGGCGAAAGAUGAAUCGUUUCGACAUGAUUUGGACGCCGUUGUGUGGAAUGAGUGUCUAACGGUUGAAGAGUUUGAGUCUAGGUGGCGUGUUGUGAUGGAGCAAUACAGGCUUAUUGAGCAUAGGUGGUUCUGUCAUAUGUUUGAUUUGCGUGCAUAUUGGAUUCCUGCUUUCUUUCGGGACACGUUUAUGGCUGGAUUAUUUCAGAUGAAUUCUCGUUAUGAAGAAGAGAAUAGUGUGUUUGGAAGUUGCACUAAUCUUCAUUCCACCUUAGUGGAGUUUUUCAUUCAUUUUGAAGGUGCAAUUGACAACCAAAGACAUACACAUGCAACACUCAAUGCGAAUUGUGAUGGUAAUUUUCCAAAGUUGAAGACACCCUUGAUGAUUGAGCGCCACGCUGCGGCUGUUUAUACCACUACGCUUUUUUAUGAGGUUCAAUCUGAGAUUUAUGAUGCGUGUUUUUGGCCCCGGAUUCUUUCCAAUACCCAUGAUGGUGAUCUCAGGCAAUUUGUAGUUGAAGAUGAGGAUGUGGGAUCAUUUAAUGUUGUCUUGAAUGUUUCUGACAAUUCAGUUGAGUGCAGUUGUAGAAUGUUCCAUCGGGUUGGCCUAAAAUCCGGCCCUGGAGUGGAUGGUAGUAUUGGUGUUGAAGUUGCAAAUUUGUCGUCUUCGUCUAACGUUGUUAUUCAGCCUCCUACCAUUGCUAAGAAUAAGGUGUCAGGAAAGCGGUUGAAAUCCGAGGAAGAUAGUUGUUGA